UCUUUCUCAGUGUGGAUACAGAGCCCAGAGAUCGGAAACGCAUUAGCCGCAGCGAACCACCCACAAGAAAUCGAAGAAGAAAAUGCCAUUGACGGCGACAGCGGUAGGAGCUCUGCUGGGUCUGGGCACCCAGAUGUACUCCAACGCCCUCCGCAAGCUCCCUUACAUGCGCCAUCCGUGGGAGCAUGUGUUGGGGAUGGGACUUGGUGCUGUGUUCGCGAACCAGCUCGUGAAAUGGGACGCGAAGCUCAAGGAGGAUCUGGAAGUGAUGCUUGAGAAGGCCAAGGCUGCGAAUGAGCGCCGUUACUUUGAUGAAGACCGGGAUUGAUUGAUUAAGGACCAUUUGGAUCCUAAGGACAAGAUCUACGGCCCUCGGGAGUCAUCUGUUUCUGUUUUAUUGAUACUCUUUGUUUAGAACCUGUUCCUCUCUUCGGCCCCACCCAUUGGGCUAAUAAUCGGAAAAUGAGAGAAACUCGCUUGAUUUUCCUGUUCAUUGGUACAUCUUUGGUUGAGAAUACAAAAAAAAAUGUAGUUAGCGAA